AUGACUUCAAGUAUUGUUUCUAUUAAACUAUCUGAUUAUGCGGCACAGAUAUAUUACUCAGUCGAUUCAACUUAUAAAAGUUUAUUUGAAACAUGUUAUCUCUAUGCUGCUUUUAAUAAAUUUUGUUAUUCUUUUUUUGAUAGUGCAUUUAAAGCGGAAGAUAGUCUUAACCUAAUGCAACCAGAAAAUACUCUUCGAGAGUAUUUACAAAAAAAAGACAAAGAAACAAAUUAUCCACUACCAAAACCUGAAGUUUUGUGGGGUCUUAUGAUGAGUGAAUUAGUUGAUAUUAUUAAAAAAAAAAUGUCUGAACUUAAGAUCAGCAUAGGUGGAAUUCUUAUUUCUAUUCCUGAUGGAACAGACUAUUCUUUAUAUUCUCUUAUUAAAAAGGCUUGCACUUUUAUAAAAAAUGAAAAAAAAAUAAAGUGUGAAUUCACUUAUAACUCUAUUGUUGCUUCUACUGCUUAUUUGAAAUGUUUAAUAAAUGGAAUUGGAAAUGAGUCAAAAGACAUUUUUAGUGUUAAAGCUACUUGUUUCAUUGAUUUUGGAUUCAAUUCUACUGAGUGUUAUGUUUGUCUUCUAAGUAAUUUAAAGUCUAUUUGUUUGGCUAAAGGAAGAUGUAAAGGUGGAUUAAAUGAUACAUACCAAGUAAUAAGAAAAUUAUUAACAGCUGAAAAUGAGUUAAUUCCAUUUGAUAAAUGGAAGUCAACUGAGAAGGCAGACUAUAAAUUAAUAAAAGAGUCUUUCAGUUGUUAUUGUAACACAAAAGUACGUGAUGUUCAUUUCACUAAUUUCAAACAAGAUGAUAUUUUAAUUGAUAAGAAUAAUUUAAAAGAGGAACUUGACCCUAUCUGUAAAGAUAUCUGUGAUAUGGUUAAAAAAACAAUAGAAAGAGCAGAAGGCAUUAGUAAGAUUAAAUCAGAAAAGAUAAAUGUUGGAUCUCAGGAAUUUACUCUCUCUAAUUUAAAAAUUGAUAAUUUUUAUAUCAACUCUGAAAUAAAAAAUCAGUUCUUGAUUGAGAAAUUAGAAGAAGACCAACACUUAACAUUUAAUGAUACUAACUACGGAUCAACUCUGUUUGCUAUUGGGUGUUCUUUGUCCGCACCUCUUUAUCAAAGAAAAUUCAAUAAAAAAGAGUUUCAAGUAGGUGAUGACAUUAAUGACUUAAUCACAAUUCAAGAAAUAGUUUAUCCGUCAAGAUUUCUUUUAAUAAAGGAUACAAACAAUCCAUAUCUUGCAUUUCCAAAUAAUUGUUCUUCAAGUGAAGACAUGAUUGAAAUAGGACAACUUGAACCUGGAGAUUAUAAAUUAUUUGAUAACGAAUUUAAAAAGACUGACUCAUUUGAUGAUCUGAAAUUACUUGGAAUAUUUAAUAUUCCUAAAGAAGGUUGUUAUUAUGCUUCGUUAGGUAAUUCAAUUGGAAUUAAACCCCAAGAACUUUUGUAUAACAUUAACAACGUUAGUGUGAUGGAAAAACCUCUUGUUGAAGAAGAAAAGACUAAGCCUGAAGACUAUGUAUAUCUUAUACCCAAAACCGAAAACCCCUCUAGUGGUGUUGUUGUGUUUGAGACUUCCGAAAAAAUUAUUAAACCAUGUAUUUUUGUUAGUGAUAGUCUAGUACAAGAUGAAAAAAAGAGAUUUGAUAGACUUAGACAAGACUCAGAUGAGUUUCUGAAAGAAGGGAAUAAAAUCUUAUCAGACGCAUUACGUUAUUACAAAGAUUAUGACAUAACAAGAGAAGAAAUUAGUAGAAGAGUAUUUUCAUUAAAGAAGUUAUCUAAUGGAGACACUGUCCAAUUCCAGAAGGGAUGGGAGGAGUUAAAAGCUAGGCUAGAGAAGAAGAAAUAA